GGCGACCGACGGGCGUCGAGAGGCGAACGAACGGCCGAUCACCAUCCACGGAGUAGAUCCGCAGCUGUGAUUUUUUUUUCCUCAUUACAUACGGCGAUACGUGGUACCCAUAGGCUUAUUAUACCCAGUCACACUGCGUGUGACAUACGAAGGGAAAGAAGAGGAAAAACUACUCUUCGAUUGGGUCGUUUGAACUUUGUGUCGAGGUGGACGUUGUUCAAGGCUGGUUCGUGCCAAGGGAGAGACGUUCGUUUAUUACCUACCUAACCGAGAACCCGUGACGACGACGAAGACGACGACGACGAGGACGUGGAGGAGGACGAGGACGAGGAGGAGGAGCAGGGGAACGAUUGAUAUCGCACGCAUAAAUUCUUCGGCGAAAUAUAACAAAUAUAACGCAUUUGCCAGGAUUCAACUUGGAUAAAUAGAUUCGGAUAAAGAGAGUGAAUCAUCACCAUGGAGGCGAUAGCGAAACACGAUUUCAAUGCGACGGCCGACGACGAGCUCAGCUUUCGUAGGAGUCAAGUAUUGAAGAUUUUAAACAUGGAAGACGACAUGAAUUGGUACAGAGCAGAAUUGGACUCUAGGGAAGGCUUGAUACCGAGCAAUUACAUUGAGAUGAAGAAUCACGACUGGUAUUACGGGAGAAUAACAAGAGCAGAUGCGGAAAGGCUUUUGAUGAACAAACGCGAAGGUGCGUUUCUUAUCAGAAUCAGCGAGAGUUCUCCCGGUGAUUUUUCCUUAUCAGUCAAAUGCUCGGACGGCGUUCAGCAUUUCAAAGUCCUCAGAGACGCGCAAGGCAAGUUCUUCCUUUGGGUAGUCAAAUUCAACAGUCUUAACGAGCUCGUCGAAUAUCAUCGCACCGCAUCAGUAUCUCGUUCUCAGGACGUGAAAUUGCUUGAUAUGAAACCAGAGGAGUGCUUGGUUCAGGCGCUCUAUGAUUUUGCACCCCAGGAACCCGGAGAACUUGAAUUCAGACGAGGCGACGUCAUCACAGUUACAGAUCGCACUGACCAGCAUUGGUGGCACGGAGAGAUUGGCAGCAGACGGGGACUCUUCCCAUCGACUUACGUUACGCAGUAUCACUCCUAGUUUUGAACAAAAACAGGCCACGCAGAGUGCCCAAAGGAGACGACAACCUCCGUCAUCAUCGUCAUCGUCAUCUUAUCCUGCAACAAUUACCUACAGAAUUCGUAUAACUGCGGAAUUGAUCAACAACAUUCUUCAAACUACGCCAAUGGAGUGGGCGUUUAGAAUGUAUUGGUGGUCCAGGCGCAGGGCUUUGUAGCUCUUUGAUAUAGGGCAUUGAAAUGAUUGUGAAAUUUUCGUUUCAUCAGUUUUUAAUUUCAGAAAAUUUCGUUGUUCACUGUCUGUUUUUUAUUUCUCCCCUCUCUCUUUCGCUUUCGUUUCUUUUGGAAUCCAUCUUUUCUAUCGGCAAUAUUUCGAUCAUUGCGUUCAUCUCACUUCGGAGAAACUUUAUACUUACACAGACACGCAAAAAUGUGUCAGGUUACAUGAACAGGUGAAACAAGAGAGAGAGAGAGGAAGAAAGUAGAAUCUACGGAAUUAACACGUGAAAAUAAACAAAUGGAUCAAGGACUGAUGGCUCGCAAGCUUGACAACAAGAUUUAAUAUUAAUAAUUUCUUAGCCUGCUUCUGUGGUUUUAACUGCUAACGAAUCCAAUGUUACACAAUCGAUUUGACGGAGACCUGAUUCAUCGCCAUAAUGUAAUAAGCGCAUUGUAUUCGAGAACUCGAGAACUGGAUCGGUUACUCCUAUUUUCUUAUCAUUCAUAUUUUUGUUUUUCUUGUAUCUUUGUGUAAUUGUAUGUUUCCAUGCUUGCAUUGUAACGUCAGUAUAGACUGCUGACUUAUCGAAAGUGUUUAGAGAGAAAGAGAGAUAGAGAGAGGCAGAAGGAGAGAGAGAUAUCUAUAUAAAUCGGAGCAUCGUUUGUUUAUGUAUAUAUAUAUAAAUACAUAUAUACAUAUACACACAUAUAUAUAUAUAUAUAUGUAUAUGCGUAAUAUUUAUAUAUGUAUAUAUGUAUUUUCAGGACUUUCGAUUAGAAGUAACCUGACAUCGAUAUCCGCCGACUUUGCUUUGAUUUAUCGUAACGUUUAAACCUAUUAUUCUCUUCUCAUUAUUGCAUUUUAUUUUAUUACGACGUAUUUGUCUUUUGUUUCUCAUUUUAAAUAAUAAACAUGUUCCUUGUUAUGAUUGUCUUUCCGUUUUUUUUUCAAAUUAAAUUUAUUACACGAAGCCGACGAUAACAACAACAUCGACAAUGUCCACGAAGAUUAUAAAAAUCCAAAUCGUUAAAUGUUUCAUCUUUCAAGAAAGCGUUGCUUGAAUUCUGUUCAUUUCUAUCUAUUAUAUUUGACCAUAUCUAAAGUUCUGUUUCCGAAAUUUUCGUAUCUUUACUGUUUUAGACUAGGCAAUAAAUUAUUACCGUUGAUUCUAUAAUUAAACGAUUCAGCCAUAGCUUUUUCUUUUUUUUUGUCUGAUUGUUCACGAAUAUCUUCUGCGCUAAUCAUAGAUUUCCUUAUCUUCGUCUUCUUUUCCUUCGCCUUCAUCUGUCACCGGUUUUUCCAUUGUUGUUGUUGAAAUAUCUUUCUCAUAUUUACAGGUAGAGAAAGACAAUUAUCCUGAGAUGUAUAAUACUAAUAGGUAACAGAUGGCUUACACAAUAUUUACACGAAUACCUAAAUAUACAUGUAAUACUGUGUGUCGUAAUAUGUGAUGGCGGGAACGGAGGGUUGAGAGAGGGAAGAACAAUUUUCCACCUCCAUGCACACGACACGACGGAACAUGACACUUUGACUUCACAUUCAAUAGCAUCGGCUGGUUAUUAACCACGUACCUAAUCAUAUUAUUAUCGCGUACACGAUGUAUACGUAUAUAGCAGGCACGUGUUAGUUUGAUAAAUUUUUACAGGAGAACAAAUUUCAGUAUAUAUAUAUGUAUAUAUAUAUAUAUUCAGGAAUGAUCAUUUAAAAAUUGAUGGAUAGCAGUCUUAAUAUCAUUAUGUUAGACAAAAUUAAAGGUCGUGGGAUUUGUUCCAUUCUUUCUACCCCUGAAAAAGUUUUUAUCUUUCAGUCAAACAUCUUGACCAUCUUUAACCAAUUCUACCGAUAGGAAAUUAGUAAUAUCCAGUAGUAUGAAACUAAUUUCUUCCCUAAAUAAGCAUGGUGAAAAAUUAUUACACACAUACACACACCCUCAAAGCGAACGGUAUCGAAAAUGCGAAAAUGGAAUGACAAUAUAAAUAAUGAACACAUAACCGGGCGAAAAAUAAGAAAACAAGAGAACGAUGAAUGAGUAAAUGAAUAAAUAAAUAAAUUAAAUAAAUCAAUAAUAAACAAAUAAAAUAGAAUAAAGUAUAAGAAAUAUUGUAUGUAUAUUUUUUAAGAGUUAUAUAAUUUUUCUAACGAUCUUCAUAAUUGUCCAUCCUGUUUUCUUUGUAAACAUUAUUUUUAUUAUUAUUAUUAUUAUUAUUAUUAUCAUUAUUAUUAUUAUUAUUACUACCACUACUACAAUUACUCCUGUUGUUGUUGUUAUUAUUAUUAUUAUUAUCAUUAUUAUUAGUGCCACUGCUACUACUACUACUACUACUACUACUACUACUACUACUUCUACUACUACAACUAUUACUACUACUAUUAUAAUUAUUAUUACUAUUAUCAUUAUCACUAUCAUUAUUAUCGUUUAAAUGUCGAGCAAUUAUUGUGUAAUUAUUAUUUUUAUUAUUAUCACUUAUUAUUGCGUUACGUUAUAUUUUAUUAUAUAUUAUUAAUCGUAUACUUAUGCAUGAAUCUCUUAUUUGUUUUCGUAUCACGUCCUGCCACUCAAUUACCAAGAAAUUAUUCCCUGUAUAUUCUCCGGAAGUUCCGAAUAGAAAAUUGCUGUUGAAAAAAUCGUGAUUAAUUUUUGAUUUCUGUGUAAGAAACGUACUUAUUUCAACGACGCGCACGAAUUAUUAGAAUAUUAAUGCGGCCCGUCGUUGCGGAGUGAAGAAUGAAACGUAGAGCGACUGGAUUGUUUAUACAAUAAUAUUCGGUAGUAAUUGUUUAAAAUUAAUGUGCAUAGGGUUUUAGUUUUUUUUCUCGUUUUCAGUGUAAUAGCAGUAAUUAUUAUCACCCACGUUGCGUUUUUCGGUUUAAGAGUUUUUUUUUGUCUGUUAUUUUGAGUGGUACUUUUACUUAUAUUUUUUUCAUCAUUAUUAAACGAACGGUGACGAUGAUCAGCAAUGGUAAGUUGGAAUCAUGUCCUCGUUGAUCGGAGAGUCAUAAUUACUUAUAAAAGACUAGAUUAAAGUUUCAACGAUUUAUAAUACUUUAAUUAGACGAAUGAACUGCCAUUAUAUUUUAACCUUGUUCCAAUAAUCUCUUCUUUUUUUUUUCACAAGGUCUUACUACGGUCAAUGGAAACAAACAUACACAGAUUUGCUAGCGACUAGUUAUAGUAUGUAGCAAAUAAUUCGUUAGGAGAAAUAGAAGAAAAAGCCUUACAGUAAUGAUGAACUUUUUGAAGGUACAGUCAUAUAUAUAAUAUAAAUUUGUGUAUACCGUAGUGGUAAUUAUGAAUAAUAGCGAGCUAUUAGGAUUGUGCCAUUUUUAAUAAUUCUUACAUGUAUAGCAAUAGUAAAAAAUAUGUCAGAUAUUGGGGCGUUAUUAUAAUAUUCUAGUAUCGAGAUUCAUUAUUAUUCUUACAAUACUUGGCCUUAAGACAACGGUAAAACGUCUCGUACUGGUGGGUAUACUUUUCAAUACAUCGUUGCAUAAAAUUGUAUGUUACAUAUUUCCUUUAUUCACAGUCACAGCUGAAAUGAGAAUUACACGAUUUUAGUGGAAAGGAAGAGUAAUAAAAAUUUGGACAAAUUGGUGUACAAAGGAGAGGAAAAAUAGUACAAUGAUACGUCAGAUACAAUUAAUAUAUGAUUCUGAUAUUUCUGAUUAACUCUUUCUCCCGAUGCUUUUUUUCUAUAAUUUCUUUAUCUCUAAAUUUAAUCAACGAUCAUAUCGUUUGUAAAUACAUUCACUAUUAUGAAAUAGUUAAAUUCUUUUUCGUAAAGAUUGCCAACCGGUUGUAGUAAUAAUAUCAUCUAUAUUAUACAAGUUCAAAAACGGAACCUUGUAUUUUUAGCACAUGUAUGAAGAAUGUAAUUACGUAAUACGUAAACAAUGUAAAAAUAAACUUGAUUCGAGUUUACUGCAGGACCAACAAAUAUAUUACGUUUAUUUAUAACUAAGCACGUUGUGCUGUAGCCACAGUAUAAUACAAAACAACCGAACUGCAAUAUCGAUUUAUCAUUUUUCUGUAAAAAUACUUGGAAAUAAUUGCUACGGAUAUUUAUACAUAUUAUUAGUACAUAACUAUAUAUAAUAAUACGACAUGAAGUGUAAGCAUUUUGCCAGAUGUUUCUCCCAUCAUUCAGGUUUCACCACGAAUGCAUACAUACGUACAUAAUAUAAUAUACGCUCGGAAAAUAAUCUCUUCGUAAGUAUAAUUUACAUACCGUGUACUCUCCGUCUUAUGUAUGUCUAAUGUACAUAGAAACCAAUGUGCACGUGUAAAAAGAGCGUAAAAGAUUGAUGAUGAAAUAAAUUUUAGCACUACCUGUUUGCAUUCUCAUAAAUAAUACUACGAUUAUUGCGUUUUUUUUUAAAACUAUUACUAUCACAGGAUCAUUUCUUCGAAACGUAACGAAGCAAGGAGAACGAGAGACUUGUAGCUGACCGUUAAAUCGUUAACAGGUAUAUACCAUGUAUAAUUAAAUUAAUCCAAGAAUAAAUUAUUGUUUCCAAAGUA